AUGAUUGACUCUGCAGCCAUGAGCGGCGCUCCGAUCGCCGAGGACAACAUCAUCAACCGACGUGGUGGAGAAUCAAUCUAUCAAAGCUGUGUCAACCUGAGGAAGCGACUAUCCGAGGUUCCCAAUUUCGAGUCAUACCUGCGGGAAAUGGAGGAAGAUGAUCGCAUAAGAGGAAACACAGAUCCGGUGGCCUCGUUGUGGAACUGCCUUCGCAAUGGAUAUCCGCUCCUCAGCAUCUACAAUGCAUCUGGUCCAGAUGAACAGCUGGAGAUCGAUCCCGCCAAGGUGACGGAGGCAAAGCGUCCUAAAGCGGCGACAUUCAAGUUCCUCCAGGCUUGCUUGCAAGACCUGGCUUUCCCGCAGCAGGAUUGCUUCCUGAUCACCGACCUGUAUGGCGACAGCACAACGGGAUUCAUCAAAGUGAUCAAGAUGGUCAAUCGUGUGGUAGACAUCCUUGAGAUGCAGGGCCAGUUGAAACGAUCUGAAGUCUCGGAGGCCCCCGAAGGCGCAAAAACCAACGUGAAACUUACCAAGCGAGAGCAUAUUCUGAAGGAGCUUUUGGAGACGGAGCGUGACUAUGUUCAUCAUCUGCAGAAUCUCCAGGCGCUGAAGAAGGAACUGGAGGAAACAGGCGCUUUGACAGGCGACGCAAGUCAUCAAAUCUUCCUCAACUUAAACAACCUGCUUGACUUCGCGCAACGUUUUUUGAUUCGCAUGGAACAGCACUAUGCCCUCCCGGAGGAAAUGCAGAACUGGGGUCAACUUUUCUUCGCUCAUGAGGAUGGCUUCCGGCAGUAUGAGCCGUUCAUUGCCAACCAAAUGCGUUGUGAUGAAGCCUGUAUGAAGGAGUGGGACAAGAUCAAGAAUGCGCCACGUCAUAUAGACUUGCAACAGAUGGUUGCGCAGCCUAAAACGCUCAAUGGAUUUUUCGUGAAACCGUUCCAGCGUUUGACUCGAUACCCGCUUAUGCUUUUGGAGUUGCGCAAACAACUAGACGACCCCCAAUUACAUGCCGACAUCACUCAUGCAGUCGACUGCAUUCAGAAUGUGUUGGACUUCGCCAAUGAGGCAAUUCACAAAGAACAUCUGGCAGCGGCAGUUGUUGAUCUCUCUGAGCGUGUGGAUGAUUGGAAAGCGCUGAAGAUGGAAACUUUCGGUGAUCUCCUCCGAUUUGGCACGUUCCAAGUCGUUAAGGGGGACAGUGGAAAGGAUAGCGAGAGAGAGUACCAUAUCUAUCUUUUUGAGCGAAUUCUUCUCUGCUGCAAAGAUCUCAACCCCAAUAAGCAAAAGACCAAGCUCAUGAUGCAGAAAGAUAAGCAGUCUUUGACUGCGAAAGGAAAGGCUCGUCUCCAAUUGAAGGGUCGGAUCUACAUGGCCAAUCUCACAGACAUCGUUUGUCUCCAAAAACCUGGACUUUACCGUAUUCAGAUUUUCUGGAAAGGAGAUCCUGGCGUCGUCGACAAUUUCAUUAUCCGUUAUGCGAACGAAGACACCAUGCGGAAUUGGUACAAGGACAUCGAUACUCAACGGCAGAUCCAGGCGGAGCGACGCACUGCACGCAAUACUGGUACAUCCGACAGCGAGUUCACCUACAUGGAGGGUAUGGCCCACAUGCCCAAUCCUUAUCAACAAGAGUAUGACACGGAGGAGCCCGGCAAGGAUAUAUACCACUCUGAGUUCCCGAUGAGCCGCAACGCAUCCAGCACUAGUCUGAGAACUCGGUCUGCCACCGGUGGCAGCACCAAUUCCACUCAUCCCAACAGCCGACCGCGUUAUGCGGGGACUGGGACUGACCCAACACUCUCGGUACACACUCAGUUCUCUGGCAGUGGCAACAUGUCUCCCAGUGAUCGAAACAUGAGCUCCUACUUCUCCCCAACGGAGACUCCAUCCACGAGAUCGAGUUCCCAAUCCGCUGGGUUCACAUUUAGCCGUCAAAACACCAACUCCACAACUCCAUCGUCGGUUUGGAAUGAAGAAUCUGUUCGCUACACAGCCCCGGCUUUAUCUCGUGUAGCCUCACGAGAAGGGUCCACCUCUGGGGGAUAUUUCCCACCUCAGCCCAAUGGACGAGGUGCCCAGCGUCCAUCCUUGCCUCCGCUCCCCGGCUCCCAGGCCCAUUCCGCGAAUGGCAUGGCCCAGCGCAUGCGGUCGGCUAGUAGCCCUGAUAUUCACCACCACAAUAACAAUUCUGAGUCACGCCGUUAUAUGGGAGUGCACACCAUGCAGACAGUCGAUAACGUUCCGGUGCCACCGAUUCCUGCCCACAUGGCCAGCAUGAAAGCCCCUAUCAACCGCAGUCAGAACAACUCGCCCACCAAUAGCCAACUCCCCAUUCGUGCCCAGCCACAACUCCACACCACGCAUUUCAACGAGCCGGAAUAUAACGAGACUCGCAGCUCCGCUCAAAUCUCCGACCAUGCCACCUCGCCCUUGACGCAAACGCCAGAGGAUGGAGACUAUAUGCCCACUCAACUCAAGGCCAAGGUGAACUUUGAGGACAACUACGUGACGCUGGUCAUAGCGACCAACAUUUUGUUCCGUUCAUUGACGGAUCGCGUGGAUGCCAAACUCGCUCGGUUCACUGAUCGAUCCAUUGGAAACAAGACUGUACGCCUGCGCUACCGGGAUGAAGACGGAGACUUUGUCACGAUCGAUAGCGACGAGGCGGUCCAGCUCGCUUUCAUGGAGUGGCGGGAGCAACAUCGCGAGAUGCUCGCAAAGGGUUUGGUGGGAGAGAUUCAACUCUACUGCCAGGUGGUCGAUUAG